AGAACACGAGCGGCCGUGAGUUUAGCAGGUAAACGUAGUGCAGCCACAGCUAGAGAAACAGUACGUGUCUCUAUUCUCGUAAUUAUGGUGUCCUGAUCUUCAUCAGCACUGCAAGCUCAGUAGACAUCUUCUAAAAGAAACUUCUAAAAACAACUCCCUGAGAAUGAAUCUUGGUGCUCUGUUUGCGCAGGCGCAGCGGCCGCGAAUAACCGAGGCUGAUUUGCUACGGGCGGGAGAUGAUUUCGGGAAACUAAAACAGCUCGGAAAUGAGUGCUUCAAGGUUGGAGACUACGCACUGGCCGCAAGAGCUUACCACAAGGCCUCCAAGCAUUCAAAAAGUACGCCGUUUCUAUUCGUUGUCGUUGAGUUCGAGAUUUUUCAUUUUUUUUUCACUUCAUCUUUCUUGUUGCUCUUGCUUUCGCAUAUUCAUAUAAAGAUUCGCGUACCACUACAAGCCACUGAAAACAAAAGAAAACUGCUAUUAAUUUACAACCUGUCCACCUUCCUUACUCCAGACGAUACCGACAGUGGCACCUUGGCUUCGAACCAUUCGUUAUGGGGCGUGAUUACGAGUACAAGUUAGUAGCUUUCCCGGCGGGUGUGAAUUGUACUUGCAUGAUAACUCUCAUCAUGAAGAAAACCUGCUUAUCUUGCAGCCUUUUUAUCUACAUAAUUGCUAUUUUUUUUCGUUUUAUUCGCAGCUGCAUCGACCACACUGACUACAAAGCAAAACUAAAAAUCGCCUCGUCCGGAAAGUCACUCCACUUUUCGUUUCUUCCGAGAAGUCCAUACUUCUUUACCCUCCUGAAACUCGGUGAGCUCGAGGAGGCCCUGACGCAGGCGGAGGUCGCCAUAAAGUUUCGGCCGGAGUGGGACAAGGGUUAUUACCGGAAGAUCAGCGCCCUGAUCGCCUUGGAACGACCCGAAGAGUAUCCAGUGCAAAAGCAUCGUACUCGUAUUGCAAUCAUGCACCAUUACAAAUUUCUUUCUUGAGGCCAGUCAGCAUUACAAUUUUUUUUUCUCAUGCUGAGGAAAUUUGUAAUGCAUUUAUACGAUUCGUGCGAUUGCGAUACUUUAUUUGCAGUUCAUAAAGAGGCAGAAAAGGUGCUAGACGACAAUGCGAACAUCUUCCCUUCCUCCCUCCGCGAGUCCCGCGAGGACCUCGUCGCCCUCGAGGAGCAGAUCAAGGUCGCAAAGCUCCCCUGGCAGGAACUGGAGCCAAAUGUGCAGCUCAAGGUCAUCAGCGGCGAGCGGUCCGCGAAGGAAUCCUACCUGGAAGACCUCGACGUUGUGUGGGUAUCUAUUUUUGAAAGAUGGAAGCUUGUUUUGAAUAUUAACGACAGACGCACGACCCAAGGAAAAACGUCAAGCGCUGCAGCGCUUUUGCAUGAUCAUCUUGUAGUUCUCCAAGAAGAAGUAGAACUAGAAGACAACUCUGUCAUACGAUUGCGAUAUUAAUGGUCGACGUAGUAGAAGUUUUCUACGAACUACAACAAACAUUACCAUUCCCGUCAAAGAAAGAAAUAAACCACAUCGCAAGUAGGUCCACUACCGGGUGAUAAAUGGAAAGACGAAAGAGUUGCUGAACUCCACACGUACGGAGUUCAUUGGCGGGGAGAAUCCCAACGCCGCCCCGCGCAACAUCACGCUUGCCGAGUACGAGUGUCCGGAUAUCCUGGACGCCGUGCUUCGCCGGUUCGAGGACGGCGGCGAGGGGAUCGUGCGCACCACCGGGCCGUGCUCCUACUACCCUGAGGAAGGAGGUGGAGAGCAGCUGCAGCACCUGGAAUUCCAGUUUCAGGUCUACAAGCAUGAAAAGGCGGUCACUCAGGCGACAGGUAUAGUAAUUUCUUGAACAGCUCCUAGCGCAAGUAGGAGUAGCGGAUCAGAAUCAUUGUCAAUGGCCGUGAAGAUGACGUUGAAGUCUUUUUUGCUACGUGCCCUCGCCUUCUGCUUCUGCUUGUGAUCUUCUUAUUUUUCAACAAAUCUAUAAAAUAAGACCAAGAUUUGGAUUUCCCAUUUCGUCGCAUAAUUUCGAUCUCCCAGCAUGUGCAUGAACUGAGCAAUUCUUGACAGGCACGAAGGAUGUCGCUGCGGAUUCGAGCGCCGGCAGUGGCUUCUUGAAUGGAGCUGUCAGCUCAAAAGAGAAGCUGGAUACGUUCGUUAUGAUCUGCAGCUCAGAAGAUGUUGUUGCAUUCAUCGUCUCAUCAAUCAGAGUUCUUCAUUUGGAUUGCAUAUAUAGACACACAAGUAUCUAUACAGUUAGAUGAAAUAGCAAUGGCUAUAUGGUGAACAAGUGGUUUUGAGGUCAAGCAUAGGAGUAGAACUCGCGAAGAGAAAUUGCAAUCAAACGACGUCUGAGCAUUCCAUAUUCCACCGCUCCAAGGCCGCAGCGGACCAGCAAGAGGCAGAGGCGCUCGAGGUCGCUUGGAGCGUGAAGAAAGGUGGUAUGCUCGCAGCGCGCCGGUUCCGUCGCGCACUAGAGUUCUGCAAGCAGCUGUCGUCAUCAAACAGCUCUCCUUCCAAAAGUGGCGGUGCUGGCGGUGGCAGCUCUUCGUCCAGCAAAGAAACAUCCAGUACCGGAGUCUCGGCGCAGAGCGACGGCGAUCAACAACCCGUCGGUACAACCGGCACCACUUCUACGGAAAUAAGCAGCAAGCAUCUGCGCGAGCUGGAGGUGAAAGCGAAACUGGGACUCGCGCGUUCGCUCGUCAUCGCGCAACAUGUGUUUGCGGUCGAGAAGGCCGACCGGGGGGACUUUGGCAAGGAUCUGGUGAAGUUCCUGGCCUCGAAGGGGCACAAAUCCGCCGUGGAACAGAGCGUGAGUACAGACGAUAUCAAAUGCAAAAAUGUCUGGGUCUGGAAGCUUGUGAUGCUAAAAUGUGCAUGAUGAAAACACUUCCGAAUGCAGUCCGGCAUGACAACUUCCCAAAACGCUUUCUCGUAGGCAAUCCGCAUGAGAAAGUGCGUUUUUGCAUGACAAACGAGGCUACGACUUUUGUUGGUUAUGCAAUACAGAUUUUCUAGGUAUGGAAAGCUAGCAUUACAAGUUCCAACCUUCCAGACCCAGACAUUUUUACAAUCCAUAGACGAGGUGGAAGAAGCAUUGAACCUUGCGGACGACGUCCUGGCGACCGCUCCGGGUGGCCCCACCUGCGAGCACUACCUGGUCAAAGCAGAAGCGCUCAGUAUAUGAAUCACUUUAGUAGGAUCAACUUCUGUUUUACCAGCAGUUUUACAUUUAUACUUCACUCGUGUUUAUUUUAAUCGGCUUCGGCUCCUCGUCAUGUUGAUCGCAGAUGUGCAUGUGUUAGCGCUGGACCGCCCGGUGCUAAAAUGAAUUCAAAGCAAUUUCAAAGUGAAUUCAAAAUGCCAGCGUUUUUGAUUUCUGGUUGGUUGUGCCUCGUCUAUCAAUUAUACAAGACUGAGACUCGUGUCUCUAGUCGGUGUUCCACGACAAAAAUAACUAACUACAGACGCACUCGACCGGCUGGAGGAUUCCCUGGCGGCGAUCGAGUAUGCAUUCCAAAAAUGCCUGGGUCUGGAAACUUGUGAUGCAAGAAAGGGAAUAGUGAGCAAACUGUUAUGCGCUGCCAAGCAUGACAAGUUUUUCCGUGGUUCUGAGUUGCGUACUCCGCAAGAGAAACUGCGUUUUUGCAUGACAAGCAAGAGGAACUCAUCGCGGUGACGCAACACAGAGUUCAGAGUCAUGCCAGAAUAGCAUGACAAAUCUCGCAACUUCCCAGACUCAGACAUUUUUGCACUCGAUAUCGAGGAAGGCUUUAAGCUCGACCCGAAAAACGAACCAUUGCGCAGCGAGCGCGCCCGGGUGAACCUCAAGUUGAAAAAAACGGGGGCCGCCAACUCGGCCGAGCAAGUGAAGGCGUGGAAGGAGCGGGUGGACACCGAGAUCGCGAAAACGGACGACUCCGAGCGGAACCUGAAGUGGAUUCGGCAGAUGAUGCUGGACUUGGGCGACAUGUGCGACAAGAGCGCGGUACAGUGGGACCAGCUGAUGACAAUCAAGAUCGGCAAACCCAUCGGGCAAAUACAAAAGGCCUCGUGGGCCCAGGCGUCGGAGGUGGAGGGCGAGGAUUCCCUGAACCAGCUCGCGACCAAACUUAUCAAAAAAUUCCGCAACAUGGCCGAAAACAACCGUCCGCUUUGGAGCUAGAGGAUGAAACGGAAACCAGAAAGGACCACUUUCUUCAACACAGACCCUUCACAUGAUGCUGACUACCCGAACGCCAACGUCGCACACGCACUUACCAUAUUAACGCAUGAAGAUGAACAAGCAGCAACAUCACAAUGCAACCGCAUCGAGCAGCACAAAAACAAAAUUACGACCCGCUAAUUGAUCGUGCAGUUUUACUUUUACUCCUUACGCCCGGCGACGCAAUUCAUUGAUUCAGAAACCGCUCAGUCGAUUUUUCGCUUGAAGAUUUGACACGACAACGUACGCGUACCAAGUAACCUUGCUGAAGUGCUACUUCAGUUUAU